GACAUGUGGCAGGGGCACGAAAUCAGUGUCCGAGAUUUGGCCUGCUGAGUCCAUCCAGAGGGCCCCAUCCUCCCCGGACCCAGCUGUGGGCGUCUCGGUUCCCUCUUGCAGUGCCUCCGGAAUGAAGGCUCUUCCCCUCCUCCUCCUCCCUGUCCUGGGGCUGCUGGUGUGUGGCAGGUCUCUGUGUCCAGUGGAGGAAGCCAUCAAUGAGAAGAUCCAGGACGGCACCCGCUCAAUCCUUGAGACAAUAAGGACCAUCGGCCUGAGCUGCCGAACGGUCACCUCCAGGGGUGACUUGGCCACCUGCCCCUUAGGCUUCGCCGUCACCGCCUGCACUUGUGGCUCCGCCUGCGGCUCGUGGGACGUGCGCGCCGAGAGCACCUGCCACUGCCAGUGCGCGGGCAUGGACUGGACGGGGGCUCGCUGCUGUCGCGUGCAGGCCCCCGCCUGAGGGGGGGCGUGGCCAGGCCUCAGAGGGGCGGGGACGGGCCUCGGAGGGGCGGGGCUGGAAAUAAACCCUGAGAAGACGA